CAUUUCCAUUUUUCCGUAACCAUAUCAUAUGAAAAUGGGCUGUCAUCAUCACAGCUUUCCCAUAUAAAAUUUCGGAUUUUUGUUUUCAAAAAACAGAGAAAACACUUUCAAUACAUAAGCAUUGCGGUUAGGUGGAUCGAUCUGGAGCUCAAAGCCUCCCAUUUUCUCUCGAUCUGAAAACCUCCAACAGGGCUUUGGCUUCUCACGAUCUCAAAUCUCUCUGCGCCCCCCACCAACAGCACUGUGUCCUGUAAUUGAUUUGAGAGACUCAGUAUCUAUCAAGUUCUCCUGAUGAAUCCACAUCUAGAAGUAUAUGCAAGUGAAAAUGGGAAACCGAACAGUCUAAGUGAAGGUCAUAAUGGUGAUGUUGCUGAAGAAACAGAAAAUAAGUUUUAUGAAGCAUGCCAAUUGAAGCAAGGAUGUUAUGCUGAUCUUCCUGCAGCUAAGAUUGCUGAACUGAUGAAAGGGAAUUUACGGAACUCUUCAACUCAGUCGCUUUUCAAAGUUGUCAAUAAGAUUCUGGAUGACAGCAUUGAAAGAAAAAAUGGAGAUAUACCUCAUCGCAUGGGAUUUUUGUUGAAAAGAGUUGUUCAAGAGAUUGAACAGCGGGUUUCGACCCAGGCAGAAAGUUUCAAAAAGCAAAAUAAUCUUUACAAGGUUCUUGGAGAGAAGUAUCAGUCAAGAAUGAGAAUACUUGAAACCCUUGCAACUGGAACAUCCGAGGAAAAUGAGGUUGUUAUGAAUCAGCUUCAGAAGAUAAAGAUUGAGAAGACUGAAAUUGAGGAAAAUAAAAAACUUGAAGAGCAAGAUGUAAUUCAACUAGUUCAAGAGAAAGAUCGUAGUGAAAUUCAGAUUUCUGCACUCAAACAAGAACUGGAAUUGGCCAAAAUGACCUAUGAAAAGCACUGCUUGCAGCUUGAAACAGAUGCUAAAGAAACUGAAGUGGAGUUGGAGAAGAAGUUAAUGGAACUUGAAUACCUUCUGAGUGAUUCAAGGAAUAAGGUCAAAGAACUUGAGACAUUUUCUGAGUCUAAAUCACUAAGAUGGAAAAAGAAAGAACUCAGCUACAAGUGCUUUCUCGAUUCUCAGUUUGGAUCGCUUCAGGAACUAAGGGUGGCUUCUGAAUCCAUAAAGCAAGAAGUUUCGAAGACACAAAAGGUUUACUCUGAAGAAUUUUAUCACUUAGGGGUGAAGCUUAAAGGACUUGUAGAUGCUGCUGAGAAUUACCAUACAGUCCUUGCAGAAAAUAGGAAGUUGUACAAUGAGGUUCAGGAUUUGAAAGGAAAUAUUAGAGUUUAUUGCCGAAUAAGGCCAUUCCUUCCUGGACAAAGUAAAAAGCAUACGACUAUAGAAUAUAUUGGUGAGAACGGGGAAUUGGUUGUUGCAAAUCCCUUGAAACAAGGGAAAGACAGUCAUCGGUUGUUCAAAUUUAACAAGGUGUUUGGUCCAGCAGCUACUCAAGAGGAGGUAUUUUUAGACACUCAACCAUUAAUUCGAUCUGUCCUUGAUGGAUAUAAUGUUUGCAUCUUUGCCUAUGGUCAAACUGGUUCUGGAAAAACUUAUACAAUGACUGGCCCUAAUAUAUCAUCUAGAGAGGAUUGGGGGGUCAACUAUCGAGCUUUGAAUGAUCUUUUCCAUCUCUCUCAGAGUAGAAAAAACUCCAUCACAUAUGAAGUUUGUGUUCAAAUGGUGGAGAUAUAUAAUGAACAAGUGCGCGAUUUACUCUCCAGUGACACUUCUCAGAAGAGACUUGGGAUCUGGAAUACUGCCCUACCAAAUGGGUUUGCUGUCCCUGAUGCUAGCAUCCAUCCUGUCAAGUCAACUGCAGAUGUCUUGGAUUUGAUGAAUAUUGGGUUAAUGAAUAGGGCUGUAGGUGCGACUGCCCUAAAUGAAAGAAGCAGCCGGUCCCACAGUAUCGUCACUGUUCAUGUCCGUGGCACCGAUUUGGAGAGUGAUGCUGUUUUGCGUGGUAGUCUACAUUUGGUAGAUCUUGCUGGCAGUGAAAGAGUAGACCGUUCCGAAGCAACAGGGGACAGGCUACGGGAAGCUCAACAUAUAAACAAAUCACUAUCGGCUUUGGGCGAUGUGAUAUUUGCUCUUGCACAAAAAAACUCUCAUGUUCCAUACAGAAAUAGCAAACUAACUCAAGUUCUUCAAAGCUCUCUGGGUGGUCAAGCAAAGACCCUCAUGUUUGUACAGCUCAAUCCUGACGUUGAGUCCUAUUUUGAAAGUGUAAGUACCUUGAAGUUUGCUGAGAGAGUGUCUGGUGUUGAGUUAGGUGCUGCACGAAGCAACAAAGAGGGAAGAGGUGUCAGAGAACUUAUGGAACAGGUGGCUUCCCUAAAGGACACAAUUGCGAAGAAAGAUGAAGAAAUUGGAAGGUUGCGGCUGCUUAAAACCAGUGUAAAUGGUGAGAGACAUGGUAUGAGCUCACCAAGGUAUGGGUCUUCGUCUCCAAGAAGACAUUCUGUAGGACCUCCACGUCCAGGACAAACACUGCCAGGGGGGAAAAGCUCAGGACUUACUGACAAAGCAGUUUCUGAUUUGGACAAUAAUAAUAGCUCAGAGUACAGUGAUAAGCAUUCUGAAGCAGGUUCUCAUCAGUCAAUGGAUGACUUUAGGCACCAUAAGGAAUUUUUUCAACAAUCAAGACUUGCCGUAGCAAAUGGACGUCAAAAUAUUACUGGAAACAUUGAAUCAAGGCUUGCUUUAGUAGAUGGAAGCCAAAAUACUACAGAAGACAUUGAGCUUCUGGGAUUUGGGGAUGCAGAUGCUGGGGAGAGAUUAAGCGACAUAUCUGAUGGUGAACUUUCAAUGGGCACAGAAACUGAUGGUUCAAUGUGUAGUAUUGUGGAGUUUACUCUUUUCCCUGAAACUAUGAAAACUCAAGCAAAUAGCACAGAAAAGCCCGGUGUGCCAUCUAAACUUCCUAGACCUCUACAAAGACAGGUGCAAAAAGCAACUUCGCGGUUGUCAUUGAUGAGGGGCUCCUCAAAAGCUUCAUCAAGUUCUAAGAAAACAAGUGUUGGCGGUUUUUCUUCAACCAAGUCCACAAAACGAUGGCAGUAAAUUAGAAGGGCUACUUUGGGUGGCAGAAGGACUAUUGCAAACCUUCCUGCUUGUAAAGUCUGCUGACAUUCCUUCACUUUUAGCCUAUUAACAGGCUUCCAUUACUGGAAAUUCUUGUACUGGAAGAGCUUAUUUGUAAACUUUACUUUGUAAUGUAUACAACCAUUCAUCAUAUAGGAUGAGAUUCACUAUCAUGUCCAUCUUUGUAUCUUUAGGUUGUUGGUGCUUAGCAUGUUGACGUGGUAUUCGUAAUUAUGAGAUGUGUGAAGCCGAUUUGAUCCUUCUUGACAAGAUUGGUCCCGUUUACUUC